AUGGCGCUUGCCCCAUCGACUCUCCAGUUGUAUGAUCGCAUGCUGAAUGUGUGCAAGACGUGUGUUGGCCAGCUCGCAACGAAGUUCCAGCAGUGGACCGACCUUGACCGGAUUGACCCGGAAGACGACCGUCUGUAUUGGCGGCCGCACGGCCAAGAGUAUGGACGGUGGAGCGAAUUAUACCUGACACUGGUGGCACUGCAGAUUACUCUCUGUUGCGAAGUGUUCCGCCUCGGUGCCAACUACAGCCCUCUAGCCGACAGUUUAAGGCACAUCAAAUUACCGUUUCCCACGGCAGAACUUUGCGCGGUGUCAACCCAACUGGAGCUCACGGCUCUCGGUCUUGACAGCGCAUGGUCAACCCUUGAGGCGCGUCGGCAGGUACUAGAGUUUCUGAUGGAGCCGGACACAAAAGAGAAAUAUCUUGUUGAAUUGGCGCAGUUAAAGUGGACGAUUGGCAUGCAUCAAUGUGCCGGUGAAAUAGUAAGAGAGAUUGAUCGGAGUUUGAGAAAAUGGAUCUCAAAGGCCGAAGAGUAG